UUCUCUCUCUCUCUCUCUCUCUCUGAGGAAGCAUCGAAUGGGAGUAGUUCGUCAAUGUGCAUUGUGAGGAAAGCUCGAACUUGCGUCUAACACAUGAGGCCAUUGGAUUGUGUGGAUACCCCAGUCGGGUCCUCCACGUGCGAGGUCGUCGACAGGGACGUCGGGACGAGUCGGGCGCCUCAAGAGUUCGGGGGUCAGUUGAAAGAGGGGCGUGCGUCGACGUACGACUCUGUCCGCCGCGCAUGGUGGCCCAGACUCUAGCCUCUCGAAAGCCACGCUUCCAUACAGUCAGACGUGUGCCGCUGGAGGAAAUAGUCAUGGCGAGCGUCACUGAGCUUCUUUCGCUUGUGAACACCGCCCGCCGGGCGGCCGAGGGAGAGCAUCCCGAAUUAGUGCAGCAGGUCCAGAGCUAUUUGAAAGACGUGGGCCGCACGCACUUGGAGGCGGCCCGGGUUCCAGCGGAGGGCGUCGGCGAGAACAACCUUGAGCGGCUGGCUGAGCACCUCCUCGCGUUAGAGACGUUGGAAGCCGCGGGGAAGAGACAGGGUGGCCCAGCGUCUGGCUCCAAUAGCGAUAAUCGUGAGUCUGCCACGGUCGUCGAGGACCCAGUGAUCCGCGAGGGUGGCAUCAUCAUCACGCUCGCGGGCAACAUGCCGCCAAUGACCCGGAAGUCUGUCCGUCCCUGGGUUGAGUCGCAGGCCCCGCAGAAUUUGCUUUCUCGCUUGACCAAGACGAUUGCGUUGCCAGGGGGCAAGAAGGUCCGGCAAGAUUUCGAGAACGUGACGGAGUCCGAAUUAGAAGCCCUGAAGGCUGCGUUCGUGCAGAGCGGCACGGUUGCGCGGGUCCCCCCCGAGGAGUUCGCAAAGCGGAAGGCGUACGAGACCGAGCAUGGCGCCAACAAGCGCUCUCGAGCUUCUGCGGUGGGCAACCUGGGCCGCACGCUCGACGUCGUGGAGUCGGUCUCGAACAGUGGGGACCAUGAGUUCAUGAGGCUCGCGAUGUCUGCGGUUGUGACUUCGCAGCGGGUCGCGGCGCAUGGGUUGCGUGAGUUGGCUGAGGACCCUCUCGCGCGGAACAGGGACAAUGAGGACAUGUGAGUCGUGGCGUUUGGAAAAGGGAACGAGGAGAGACACGGGCUCCCCUGCCAACAGCGGUGGCGUACGAGCCCUGCAUGUACAGCUGGUGGCGCGCGUUCUGCACCCAGUUCUGAUCGCUGCUCGGGCGGCGAGGUUCUCGGCGGGACCGCCGCUGUCUCACCUUCCAUCGUAUUCCAUUUGUUUUUUUGUCCGCGUGCUGCCUGCUUAACGUGAUUGGUGCUUCAGUUCCGCUUCCUUUUGCGUCGUUGCUGCCGGCUUGCAUUAUAUCAUGGGGCUGUCGCUGUUUCCCACGCUGUCAUGACUUCUCUCUUCGUCUCGCUCUUUGCGUUCCCUUGUAUCCCGUCCGCUCGACGCCGAGGUUGCUUGCCUCAGGAGCGCGCGCGCUUCUGUAUUGUUGCAGCCCUGGGGACUGUGAGGCCAACGUGCUUCCAGUCGUGUGCCGCGCGCUGCUUCGUUUGGUAUCAUCCAGCGUGGAUUUCUCUGCCGUUGCCAGGUCGGGUCGCCAAAGAGUCGAACGCGUCGGAGACCACCGAUC